GAUAUUGAAGGAGAGUUUGCUUUUGGACGGCUCAUCAUAACAUUGUUGACGUCAUCGUACUAUUUCACAACUGCCACGUCACAGACGGCGUUACCUCGCCGUGCUUUUGCUUUUAGUACCACUGUAUUAUCAUCAAUUCAACAACAAACUCAAAACCUCCAUUUUUACGCGAACGAGAGAGAGAGAGAGAAGAGAGAAAACAGUGAGAAAGAAAAGAAAAUGGCUGAGCUACAAUUCCUUGACUCGACGGGAAUUCCUUUCACCAGAGAGGGUCUCUACGCGACUAACAACCAGUUCCAGAAAGCUGGUCCUAAGGGUUUCAUCCAAGUGAAGGUGCUUGAGAACGACAGCCUCUACAUCCGCGUCGACUUGCCCGGUGUUCCCGACGACGCAGUCCGCCACAGAGUCGACUCCGUGAGGCAAAAGGUGAUAUUUUUCUCCGGCGAAACUCCCAACGACGGCAACCCGAAGGACGGCGUCCGUGAAUACUCCGGAUCCGCCGGUCUAGGCUGUGACUGCUGCGAGAUAACCGGCGUUGAUGCUAAGAUGAAAGAUGGAGUCUUGAGGAUGAUUGUCUCAAGGGUCAAAGUGAAAAACCAUGAGAGCAAGUGUACUCUCACUCUCCCUCCUUUCACAGGUAAUUCUGGAAGAUGCCUGGAGGAUCAUCCGUUUGUGGUGAAAGGUCGUAAGUCACCGUUCGUUGGAGCACCGGUACGCAAUGGAGGCCUUUACUUGGCAGUGGAUGUGCCAGGUGUUUGUCCAGAUGAUGUUGAGGUGCUCGCUAACGAGGAUGAAGUUAGAUUCCAUGCUGAGGUCAAGAACGUUUACGAGCACGACGAGAGUGCGCGUGUUUUCCAUGGACGUCUCAACCUUCGUGGUGGCUCCUCUUCUUGCCCCGUGCCUUCACUUUUGACCCGGACCUUAGGUUACGAUGUGCAGUUUGGUGUUCUCAAGAUUGUCAUUGCACCUCCUCCUCCUCCCAACGACAACACCACCACCAAGAGCGAGUAAUCAAUAACAUACACUCUCUCUUUACAGAUUAUCUAUCUUUUUCUAUUUUGGGAGAAGUUUUGAUUUAGUACUAGUAAUCUUCUGUGUGUUUAAGUUGAGACAAUUGUGUGUGUGUGUGUCCUGCUUUUGUGUUUGCUAUGGAUUCCAGUGAUUUAUCUAUUUGCUGAUUGAAACCAAAUGACUUUGAUUGGUAUGUUAUGUAUUACUUCCACUCAAUACUGAUAAUCAACUUAACUAA